AGCGAAUUCUAAAUACUCAUAAUUUUGUCUAUACUCGAAUAUUUUUGCUAUACAGAAAAAACCUUGUAAAAAAUAUCUAUACCCGACAUAUCGUUGAUUUCACUCGUACAAUUAAGAUUGGUUUAAAAGUGAAUAUGCAAAUUUGUAUAAUGAGUUGCGUUCAUUUUUAGUUCAAACGUUUCUUCUUUUAAUACAAAAGAAAACUCAAUAAGAAGAAGUUAUUCUUUUUUAAGAAAGGAAAGAAAAAAAGAGAAGAAAAGAAAAAAGGGAAGAUCUAAUAAUCAUUUAGGAUAAAUAAUAAUAUAGUAUAGAUUAAUAAUAGUGUAGUGGCAGAAGUUAAUAAUUAGUUUCGACGAGUAACCUCGAAAGAAUUCGAAGAAGAAGUAUUACAAAUCACAAGAACGAUGGAAGUAUCAAAUUUGUCACCCACACUUAAACAUAGAAGGAAAUUUGAACGCAUCAAAACGAUUAAUACGAACUAUCACGACACAUCAUUCGUUAAUCAUAACUCCGAUCUAUAUACAAUAAGUAAACUAUAUGCUUGUAUUAAUCAGAAAGCUCAGACGUUAAUAGACUGUUGUAAAGAGUCCACAGACAAGUGUCUUUUGCAAGAGGAGAAGGAUUUUAUCGAUCCGAUCGACGUCUCCAGUACUCAGACGAGCAACAUUAUUGAGAUGAAUAAAACUAUAUUGAAACUUAUCCAUUAUCAGAUAACAAUCUUAACUCUAAUUGCAAUAUUUGGAACAUUGUUCCUUUGUUUGUAUAUGGAUCACGCAAAAUUACGAUUCAUGUAUAUAUCGGAAACGGCUUAUUAUUUUCCUGAGACAAGUUUUUUCGCGCAAUUUAUGAAUUUGAUCGUAUUAUUUGGAAGUAUAACUGUAUUCUUGAGACACUUUGUAUUACUUCAAUUUAUACGAGAUAGAGGUGAAAAUGUGAUAACAAAAAAAUUCAACAAUAUAUCUACUUUAUUUGGUUCAAUGAUGAUUACGGGUAUCAGUAUACUUGGAAAUUUUCCAAUUGUUCAACCUUGUUAUGUUAUCCAUUGUACUGGUGUAUUAUUAUAUUUUUUUGGUGUCACUGGCUAUUCGAUUAUUCAGACUAAAAUCACUAAAAGGAUGAUUGGUAUUGUCUCCGAUUACUAUAUUUAUUACAUACGAAUUAUCGCAACAAUAAUAUUGUUUAUAUUAUUUAUAUUAAUUUUGAUACCUGGUAUAAUCAUAUAUUUACCAUUCAACGAUACGAAUUAUACAAAAUGGACCGAACAAGGUAACAAUUGGUUCUUACAUAAUGUAAGCGUUGUUGCAGAAUGGUUGCAUGUAAUUUUUUGCAGCUUAUUCAUAGUUACUUUCGUAUACGAAUACGAAGCAAUAUGUUUCGAGAUGUUCAAGAUUAAGAUAACUUAUUUGGACAAGAGGACGAAGAAAGAAUUGAGAUCGGAAAUCUGAAUGUACAAAAUAAACGAUUAUUUUUAUUGAUAAUCGAUCUGAUCUCGAUAAUAAUAAAUCGAUAACAAAAUGAUAUGUAAUUAUUUAACGAUAAACUUUUGCAAUCACAAUGCAAAAUAUAUUGAAGUUAUCCAAUUAUAUCAUCGAAUGACUUUCGCUACUCGACCUUGAGAAAAAAUAAAUGUAUAUAUAUAUAUAUAUAUAUAUAUAUAUAUACAUUUAAUUACAUACAUACGUCAGAACGGAAAUUCUCCGGCGGUUAGUUCGCCUUUUUCGACCACCUCCGGAUAGAUACUUAAAUAUAAUAUGAUAACAAUAAACUCAUACUACUGACAUGAUAAUAAUAUGAUCCUGAAAUAUUAAUUAAUAAUUAAUCGUCAUUCGACGUUCCACGAAUUUCGUGUCUUUCUCAAAUAAUUGAAAAUAAAAUCGUAACAAGUGUAUGAUGAAAAAAA